CCAUUUUCCUCUAUUUCUCUUUCUUCCCAUAUUUCAAGACUCCAUUUUUCACUCCCUUAUUUCAAGACCCCAUUUUUCACUCUCAACCUCAUAAAACACACACUCACAAAAUGGGGUGUGGCAAAUCAAAGCACGCUGUGGCAACACAAAACACCAUCACCAAGAGCAAGAGCAGGAGCAUCAAAAAGCAAGAUCCAAAAGCUGCUGAAAUUCCCAGAAAUGCUGGAACUGUGGCUGAAAAUAAUGCUGUUAAGGAUUCAGUUAUUUUGAAGAAGAAUGAAAUCCUAGCUCCCAACAAGAUGGAAUCCGAGUUUGUUGAGGCCGAGGAAGAAGAAGUCAAGAAAGAGAAGAAAGAGGAGGCUGCUGCUGUUGCAGAGAUUAUGCAUGAGAAAAAGGAAGAAAUCAUUAAGUGUGGGGAAUUAAAGGAAGAGAAUAAAGAGGAGGUGAAGGCUGAUGUUGAGGAGCGAGAGAGCGCUGCAGUCAUCGAGGCUGUGAGGGAGAGAGAAGAAGAGAAAGAGAUCAAGAAUGAGGAGUUGAAGGAAGAGAAGAAAGAUGAGGUUAAGGCUGAUAAAGACGAUGUGGUUUCUCAGCAAGUAGGAAUCGCUUCUUCUGCUUCUAGUGCUGUGGAGAAGAUCUCUGGAGAUGAAAACGGCGUGGUUAAGGAAGAAAGCAAGGUUGCAGUUGCGGGGGGAGAAGGGAACGAAGGAAAAGGAGGAUAUGCAGCAGCAGCAGCUGAUGUGAAGGGAAACUGAAGAAGAAAAAUCAUACUUAUACAGUCUUCAAUCCUUGUGUAUCGUCAUCUUCUAGACUUGCACUCAUGUAUUUGAUUAUUCAUAAUGGUGAAUUUGUCACACCCCUCAAAAUUUCAGACCAUAUGUACCUCAAAACUAAGUUGCUUUGAUACAUUAUGAAAAAUUUAUGUGUUUUCUUGA